GAGUUCUGGCGAGGGGAUGGACUGGGCCUUCCGAGGGCUCCAGGCUGUGGCCCCGCUCGCGCCGUAUCUCCUCCCUCCGCGGUGCCCCGAUUGCAGCUGCGUGGCAGACUGCUCGGUGCCGACGGAGAUCGUCGGGCUGCUGGGCAGGCAACUCGACAGGUGCGGCCCGGAGCAAUUGACCUGCCCGGUCUGCCCAGGCUGCCCUGAGGUGCGCUGCCCGGCGCCGGGGCCAGCGCUGGGGGCCUUCGCCGCUGGAGCGGCUAUCGGCGCCCUGACCACCGCGCUCGUGGGGGCGGUCUGGAGGUUGCGCCGGCCGACGGCGCUGCAGGCGGGGCGGCCCGCGCUCGAGGACGACGAGCUGCUCUUGGCGCUGGACGCCGGCGGCCCAGCGGCCGCUCCGGCCAGCGAGGCGCAGGUCGCGAUCGACUUCUUCGACGACCCGAACGGGUUCCUCUUCCACGUUCGGGUGCUCCUCGUGCCGGCGGGGGCGGGCAAGUGGAUCUGGGUCACCCCGGACCACAGCGUGCAGUUCGGGGACCUCACCACGCACCGCGUGGUGCCGCUGCCUCGGAACUCGCCGUUCCCUCGCCGGCUGGCGGGCCAGCUGUAUGCGUUCGACCCGUUCGAGGAGGGCGAGCUCGAGGCCAUUCGGGAGCAGGCGGCGGCGCUGGCGGCUGUGCUCGGCAUCGACGUGCCGCGCGGAGCAGCGGCGGCCCCUCCCCGCUGGGUGGUGGCCGACCCCGCUCACCCGCAGUUCGGGCAGGUCAUCGACGCGGCGAUCAGCGGGGCCGAGGACAGGUUCGUGCGCCGUGGAGCUGUGGCAUUGGCGAUGCUGGACGGGAGCGACGACGACGGGAUCUUCACAGCUUGCGAGAACGUGCCGGAGGAGCGGCACCAGCUAUGGCUGGACGAGAAACACUCGGGGCCCGGUCGGGAUCCUCGGGUGUGUCCCCUCCGGCGGAUAGGACCAGGUGGGCCUCGACGUGCAACCUUGGAUCAGGCCAUCGAGGCGCACCGCCCGCAGGACGUCGGCGACUGGGUGUUCCGAGGGCCGAAGUCGCUGCCCGAGUUCCUGGACAGUGUACGCGCUUCGGGGCUGGGCAUCGCGGGCUACGCGAACCACUACAUCACCAGCAGUGGGGUGCCACCCGGCAGCGCCGCUGCGCACGAGAUCCGCCUUCUGCUCGAGGCCCUGCGGCACCUCAUCGAGUACGACCAGGUCGACGUCACGAAUCUUGCAGGGGCCGAGCUCAUCGCAAGGAGGAUCGUGCAGAUGCAGCGUGCCAUUCGGCGCGACCCGAAGCAUCCCAACUACUCGGGCUUAGAGGACAUGCUGGCCUCGGCGCUCGACGAGACAGGAGGGGUGGUCACCAGCAAGUUCGACGAAUGGGUCGCGCAGGAGCAGAAGACAAAGGCAGGGCUCCAGGUGGCCAAGGACCAGCUCUACGGCCGCCGCAUUUUUGUUCACAAUUUUGUCUCGAAGGGCACGUCGUCGGCCUUUCAGGAGCUUCUCAAGUCCAGCAACAUCUACUCCGAGGAGGGUCGGCUCACGGUUCGGCCCUUCGUUCAGGACAAGGUCUCCCUCUUGCAGGGCUCGGUGGAGCCUCGGGAGGCGCUCGACCUCGUCCCAGAUCACGUUCGACAAGUUUUGAUGGAACCCGAGAAGUUCCUGGAGCGGCACUCGGACGAGCUCGCAGACGAGCCCCACAUCGAGCCGUACUGGGAUCCUCUCUUGAACCCGAGGGUCCGCGCCAACCACCCGCGCCUGCUCGCGCUGCUGAAGCGCCUUGCCGACAUGGGGAUCGUGGUGGCCACUCGUCGGAAGAAGGCCACGGUGGGGCUGUUCUUUGUCGAGAAGAAAGGGGAUCGCCUCCGCGUGAUCGUGGGCGGCCGACAGCCCAACCAGUACCACCGGCUACCCCCACAGACCAGCAUGGCUUCAGUGGAGGCGCUCGCGUCGGUGCAGGUUGGGGCCGACUGGCGACGGCGCUGCUCGAUGAAGCCGGACGAGGCCGCCUUGUACGCGGCCACGGUCGACCUGAAGGACGGCUUCCACCAGUUCAAGAUUCCGCACCUGUCCGAGUGGUUCGUGUUCGACAUGCCCGGGGUCCAGGCGAAGGACCUAGGCGUACACCAGGUCUACGACGGCGACGCGAAGGCUUUCGUGGACGUCGCCCCGGACGACUACGUGUGGCCGGCCUACGGCGGACUGGCGAUGGGCUGGUCCUGGGCGCUGUGGAUCUGCCACGAGACGUUGGCGCAGGUGAUGCGAUCCUCGGCAGGUCCUCGCGACGCUAUGGUGCUGGACAAGGCGCCAGCGGCCCAGCUAGAGCCGGGGAUGGUCGGCGACUUACCUUACGUCGACAACGCCAACAUCAUUGGUAUCGAGCAGGACCUCGUGCAGGACCGACUCGAGCGCAUGACGGCGGCUCUCGACCAGCUAGGCUUGAAGUGGCACGAGAGGCAGGACGCAGGCAUCGAGGUCGAGAUCCUGGGCGUUAUCGUCGAUGGCGUGCAGGGCCUGGUUCGUCCCAAGCCGAAGCGCCUCUGGCGGCUGCACGGGGGCUUGACCUUUCUUCUGAGAUGGCGCAAGGCCGCGGGGUGGCAGAUCCGUGCUGUUCUGGGCCACCUGGUGUCCUUCUUCCAGCUGAUGAGGCCAGGGCUCUCGAUCUUCCGGGUCUUGUACGACUUUGUCCAGCAGGACCUCGGCGAGAUCCGCGAGUUGCCGACGGCCGCGCUGCACGAGCUGAAGAUCGCCAGGUCGCUGCUCUUCAUGGCGGUAGGACGCUGGGGGCUGCCCCCCUGCCCCGUCGCCUUCAUGACGGACGCCUCCAUGAAAGGCUACGCGCUCUUGGAGACCGAUGCGAGGCCCGGGGAGGUUCGCAAUCUCUGCCGCUUUCGGGAGCGAGCUCGCUUCAGCCGUCGAGAGAAGUUCGUGGAGCGCGAGCACGACGGCUUCAAGGGCUCCAUGGCGAUUGGCGACGCUGGCGAGGGCUGGUGGGACGGGCUGCUCGAGCGGAGCCGUGCUCGCGGGCCCGUGCCGGAACGCUGCCGAGUCGAGGUCGACUCUGGCUGGCGACCGCCGCCGCUACCCGACGACUUCGUCGACCCCGGGCGCUGGGAGCUGGUUGUUGCUGGGGCCUGGCGCGACGCGAGCCGCAUCCACGACUACGAGGCGCGCUGCGGGCUGAUGGGCCUGGCUCGAGCUGCCAGUCAUCCGCCGUACCACGACACGGAGCUCCUCUCCGCAGGGGACAACGUGGGCUCGGUCUUGGCCUUCGAGAAGGGCCGCGCGGCGAACAGGGAGCUCCUCUCACAAUGCCGACGGGCGGCCGCGCUGCAGCUGGCCUCCGGCAUCGUGUGGCGACAACGGCAUGUCGAGGGAGUGCGGAACGCAGCGGACUACAUGAGUCGGGCGGCGGACCGCGGGCUGUUGCAGCCCGGUCAGGUUGGACAGAGGCCUCGACGGGGCCGGCGCUUCUUCCUGGAGAUCUUCUCGGGCGAGGGGUACCUGACGGGGGCCAUCCUGGAGGCUGGGCUGCGUGCAGGGGUUCCCAUGGACCUCGUGAAGGGCCCGCAGUUCGACAUCACGGACCCGAAGGUCCAGAGGGUUGUCAUCGGGUGGAUCCGCUCCGGCGCUAUUUGGCUCAUGCAUCUUGCGACCCCGUGCACGCGGUGGUCGAUUGCACGCUCUUCGGGCACCGCAGAACCCGCGGGAGGGCUGGCCGCGGCGCGCUUCACAGUCCGCCUGAUCCAGGAGUGCCGGCGAUCUGGGGUCCACUUCACUCUCGAGAAUCCUCAGCGGUCGCGCCUCUGGACGUGGAGACCUCUGGCGAGGGCGCUUCGGGCGUCAGCUUCCACGUUUGUCGACCUGUGCCAGUGCCGCUUUGGGACGCCCUUUCAGAAGCCUACGAGGCUUGCGGCCUCCCACCCGCUGUUCGCCUCCCUGGCCCGCGAGUGCAGGUGCCGACGGCACUGCGAAGUUCUGCAGGGCAAGGUUUUGGUGAGGGGACGCUGGGAGUGGAAGACCAGUCUAGCUGCUGCCUAUCCGCCCAGCUUGUGCCGCGCCUAUGCCAGCGCCGCCCAGCUCAUGGCGCCCCCGGCGGCCGCAAGGCCAGACGGAGAGGCCUACCUCGAGCGCCGCUGGGAGCGACAGCUGGCGUCCGCGUGUGGCUGCUCCAGCGUCGCAGUCGACGCCCCGCGAUGCCCGCUCAGGUACCGGCUGCCGUGGCACGGCUGCCAGAGGCGCUGGGCAACCGCGGCGCGCUACUCUGACUGCGUGGAGGGGCUCCACGACUUCGUCGCCUGUAACGGCGGGAGCCUCUCGGACCCGCGGGCGGCCGACGCCACUCUGGAGCGCUACUUCGAGUCGCUCUUCCUCGGCGGCGAGGCCAAGGCCAACGCCCGAUGGUGCCUCUACGGGCUGGCCUGGCAGCAGGGCUGGGCGACCAAGGGCGACGCCUUCCCCAAGGCCAAGCAGGCUCUCAAAGGCUGGGACCGACUCGAACCACCUGGAAGCCGCGAGCCCGCGGUCUGGGAGGCAGUGCUGGCCGUCGCGGACGAUCUCAUCGGGCGCGACUUCCAGUCCACGCUUGCAGGAGCGCUGCUGCCCGUUGCUUUCGACGGCUACCUGCGACCGUCUGAGGCGCUGGGCCUGCGCGGUGCCGAUGUCUUGCGGCCGCCGCGCUCUGGACCCCAGAAGCUGUGGGCGGUGACAGUGGCCCCAGCGACACAGCCAAUUCCCUCGAAGACUAACACGUUCGAUGACACGGUCUUCUUGGGCAGUGCGGCCAAGGGCCAGGGCUUCGUGGGCAGCAUUCUCGAUAUCUUGCUGGCGCGUGCGGGCCCGGGACCGCUCUUUGCGGGCUUGACGCUAGCACAGCUGGAGGCCGCCGUGAACGCCGCCUGCCGCCGCCUGCAGCUGCCUGCGGCUUUCACGCCGCACUGCCUUCGUCAUGGCGGCGCCAGCCGAGACGCACUAGAGAAGUUCGAGGACCUGCGCUCAAUCCAGCGCCGAGGCCGCUGGAAGGCGCGGGAGAGCGUGCGUCGAUACGAGAAG